AUGUCACUUUCGCUUAAUUGCCUCAUUCUUGGUGACGACCACAGUCGAACGUUCGUUGUCAAAAUUCCAAAGAACGAAAGUAUCAGCUUUCUCAGAGACCUGAUUAAGGAGAAGAAAGCCCCUCAUCUCAACCAUAUUGCUGCAUCAGAUCUCGACCUUUGGGCGGUCUCGAUUCCCAUCGACCAUCUUCAAACGGAACUGGAGAACAUAAAUCUUGCCGACCAGCAGAAAUUGUCUCCUACUAAAAAAUUAACCUCUCUUGAGGAUGUCACGGACGAUCAUCUCCAUGUAAUUGCAAAGGCACCAGCUAUACCUCUCGAUUCCACACAAUCUGUUUCGCUCAAUUGCUUCGUUGUCAGUGACGACCCCAGUCGAACGUUCGUUGUCAAAAUUUCAAAGAACGAAAGUAUCAGCUUUCUCAGAGACCUGAUUAAGGAGAAGAAAGCCCCUCAUCUAAACCAUAUUGCUGCACCAGAUCUUGACCUUUGGAAGGUCUCCAUUCCCAUUGACAACCUGCCUUGGGAUCUCCAAACUCUCGGGCCAAAUUUGCGAUCACAUAGCCUAGUGUCGGAUGUGUUUGCCUCGGCGCUUGAUACCAAUCAUCUCCAUGUUAUUGCAAAGAUUCAUGGCAAGUCUUAUUACGACUCUCAUAUGAUCUUGCUCAUUAUCCCAUCAAGGCGCGGCCUCCGGCCUCUCGCUCAAAGGGACCACCGCCAUCUUCAUUCGUACCAAUUAUAUCUACCGGCGAGUUAUAUGAGGCUCGGGCGGCGUUCUGCCGCGGCCGAAAGUCAGAUGCUCCUUCAAACGGUGGGAAACCUCAAAUUUUCCUCAAAAACCAAGAGACCGAUGGAUCCAUUCUAUGUAAUCGACCUAAAAUUUGCCCUGAGUCAUUUCCUAUGA